CGUCUUGAUUUCUAUAUGGCGAUUGCAAGUCAAUUAACCUUUACAGUAGUGAAUGCCGUUUUAAAUCGUUUGCGGAUUUUUGUCAAUGAAUAGAUGAGUACUGAUGAAGAUUGGAACACGACGGACAAUGGAAUUGUUCGACUUAUCUGUGAUAGAUAAUGUUUAGUUGACCAGAGCUUAUAGGAAUAGAAAACCUCAUUUUCCCCUGAAAUUUCAAGUGAAUGUGGUUUUACUUCCGCAACUUUAAAUAAAGUCUGCAGACUUUUACUGUCAGCUGCAAACCGGCUAGCUUCGGGACUUAGUCCUUUUAAAAACCGCCAUCACAACCACUUCCAAGACGGAUUCGAGACCCAUACCCGGCGCCAAAAUUUCGUUCUCAAGUUUCAAGCAGAGUUUCGCCUCCACCACCAGCUAUCUGCGGAGGCGAUUCUCUUCUGGGGAUUUAUCAGGGGAACUCGACGACCAGGAUCGCCGGAUCGAACAGGAAGGGGAAGAUGGCCGGACCGAAGUGGCUCAGUCUCAAGAGCCGGAUUUGGCUCUUCACGUUCGGCAGGGCACCACCAUCAGCGCUCCUACAUCCCCUUCCAAAAAUGUUCCAGCCUUCCAGCAAAGAGCCAACUCCGUGACGGCCGGUUCCGUCAUGAAAGCGCCCUCAGCCAAAGAUAAACAUAAAACCGUGUUAGUCAUCGAUGACCAGCACACCGACUGGUCAAAAUACUUUCGAGGUAAAAGAAUACAUGGCGACUGGGACAUAAGAAUGGAACAGGCGGAAUUCAAGGAUAUCAAUUUAUCAGUUAACGGUGAUGCAGGCGCCGUCGUGAGCAUGGUCGUUAACAGAAAUGGAACAAAAGUUGUAAGAUCUUUUCGGCCAGACUUUUUGCUGAUUCGCCAGCACGUGCGAGAUGCGGGGCAUGAAGAUUACCGUAAUCUUUUGCUAGGCUUUAAAUACGGAGGCGUGCCUAGUGUUAAUUCCCUGCACAGCUUGUAUAACUUCCAGGAUAAGCCGUGGGUGUUCUCACAACUUCUUCACAUGCAGAGACGAUUAGGCAAAGAAAACUUCCCCCUCAUCGAGCAGUCGUACUUUCCGAAUCAUAAGGAAAUGUUAACUGCAGUUAAAUAUCCGAGUGUUGUGAAGAUUGGCCAUGCUCACGGUGGUCUUGGAAAACUGAAGGUGGAAAAUCAUUUCGAUUUUCAAGAUGUUGCAAGCAUUGUUGCCGUCAGUAAAAUGUAUUGUGUCGUUGAGCCAUUCAUUGAUGCUAAAUACGAUAUCCAUAUACAAAAGAUUGGAAACAACUACCGCGCCUUUAUGCGCAAAUCCAUUUCUGGCAACUGGAAAGCAAAUAUGGGUUCUGCAAUGUUGGAACAGAUACCUAUGACGGAACGAUACAAGAAAUGGGUGGAUGAAGUGUCUGAACUGUUUGGAGGAUUGGAUAUCUGUGCUGUUGAAGCUAUUCAAGGAAAAGAUGGAAGGGAACAUAUUAUUGAAGUGAAUACUUCUGCUAUGACUUUAUUGGGCGAGACUCAGGAGGAAGAUCGUCGUCUGAUCGCUGAUUUAGUCGUUCAGCGAAUGCAAACAUAUUGCAAGCCUGUUUUAGCGAAACAGACUUCCAGAACAAGCGUAACAAACUUUGGUGCUGAAGAACCAACAAAUGUGGAACAUGCGCCGUCAACUCAGCAACGAAUACCCCAUCAACAAAAUCCUCCUGGUGCUCCACCACCGGUGCCUCAGCGUCAGGAGGCAGCGAGGGGGCCCCCUAGUGGCCCUCCACCCGGCCCACCACCUCCUGGGCCUGCUCCUGGUCUACCACCACCGCCCCGUCGGGCUUCCCAGACCUCAGCUUCGGAUGUGGCAACGGCCGCAGCGCGCCCCCCUGGGACUGGGCCCUCGUUGUUCCGUAGGGACUCACAACAGGCGGAGGGAGAAAAGUCGGAAAAAGGCCCUGAAGACAGCGAAGACACAAUGCGUAAUCUACGAAAGACCUUCGCCGGCAUCUUUGGAGACAUGUAACCGAUCACUCUCUUCGAAAAAACCAAAUCACACUGUUCUAUUUUGGUUUAGCAUACAUAACAGAUAUGAUGAAAUAAAUAUAUAACUUAUCUAUAACCCACUUGCUGAUAGAAAGGUCCUGUUUUGAUAAGCUAGUUGGCAUUGCGAUGAAGUAGAAUAUUCACAAAUUGGAAUCACGCGAAAACCACACCUCAGACUCAUUUCAAUGUUAUCCCCAGAUUUUUAUUUGACUAAAUUUAUUGAAAGAUAAAAGACCAUUCUAUUGGUGGUGGAUGGUCAAGACAUUUUCUUUGCUAACCGUUUACUACACUUUAAAUGACACUUUUAAUGGUUUUCGUAUAAUAAAGGCAAGAUAGAAUAAGCCGGUAAAUUAAUGAUUUUGACUAAAAUUUAAAAUAUUAAAAUCCAUGAAAGAAUUGGUAUCUCACUUUCUUUGACUAAAAUUAUAUUUCAAUCUAGACGAAUGAUGAAUUCUAUUACCACAGUACAACUUGUGUAAGUUUUCAUCUUUUAAGAAACUAGUAAGUGCGAAGCGAUAAAGAUAUUGGUACAUUCAGUGUUCACUGGUACCAUUGGCAUUAUAGUCAUACUCGAAAGUCAUAAGAAAGUCAUUUCAAUAUGUACUGCCAACUUAUAAACUCAGAUAUCAUUCAUCAAUUAACACAAUAUCAGAACUUACAUAGAAAUUAGGUUUAAUAAUAAUAAUAUAAAAUUAGAUUGAAAUAUGUGUAAUUGGUAUAGAAUCAAAGGAAUUUUCCUGCUUAUAGUCUUCGAUAGUAUUCUGAAAAUCAUGAUACCAGUUCUUUAACGUAGUUAAAUAUUGUAUACUAUAGGGAAAUUUGUGUCGUGCUAUAUUAUUGCAGCACUUUAUAUGUGAGAGAUCGUAGGCUUAAAACACUAAAAAAAGCUAUUAUACAAAAAAUGAAUUUAUUUUAAAUUAAAAAAGUUACUGAAACCAGUAAAGUGAUGAUUCAUAAAAGAAUAUAUUAAAAUUCAAAAUUUUUUGUGCCUAUGCCUCAUUAAGAAAACCAUUGAAAGAUGCAGAAAAUGAGUCUAUGAUUUUUAUGAUCCCAUAUUGGUUUUGUGAAUCUAAUGCUACUUAUAGCUGCUUGAAACAGCCGAGUGCUUUUCACAGAAUGUUUUACAUUUAUUAUUACAAUUAUGUAUUGCAAUGGACCAUUCUCUCGUCAGAAACAACUGACGAAAUCGUCAGGAGGCGAAAGAUCAGCAGGAGGGUUAUGAUAAAUAUUAAAAGUUCUUAAGUAGCAAAAUGAAUAUGCUGUUUCUAUUUCAUAGUGAAUGACUGAAAAAAUAACUGUAGUGGAAUUUUCCUAUCCAUCUAUGUGUUCAUGUCUAGAAACCUUUGUCAAAUAUGAGUCUUAACAGACUUAACUUCUCAGUGUUUGCUUGUUGGCUUUUUACGAAUCCUUACUGCAGCUCAUGGGGAAAAAAAAGCUCUGAAAAAAAUUCUAACUGAAAUUUGUGGGACAUUUCUCGGCAUUUCAUUUGUUUCUGAUAAUGUUUCAUCAACUAUUCUCAAAAUGCGUGUCUAUCAUGCAGGGAAGAAACUAGGUUGAUGAGUUUCUGGGAAUUGAUUUUAGCAGAUUCGAAGCCACUGGAAGCUGGCAGGUUCUAAUACCUCUAGCUUCAUCCCUGGUUGUUUUGGAAGCUUGGCAUAAGAUAAUUAAGGUGUAAAAUGAGUGUCUAGACUUAAUGAAAUUGGUAAAUUAAGGAUUCAUUACACAUAACAGAGAUUAAGCAGACUUAUUGUAAAUUAUAAAACAACGCAAUUUCUGAAAAAAAAAUUUUAUGGAAAACUAUAUUUAUAACUCAAAAAAAUAGCUUAGACACUCAUUAUAGUGUUACAAAACCAUGAGCUGUUGUAUUGGAUUUAACUGUAUAAAUUGGCAAUAAAAAAUGAAAUAUAUUUUUCGUUUGUAUGAUUGUAUUCGAGUAAAACACGCUAUUUGAAAUUAGUUGAUUCCUUUCAAUAAACUCCUGUAUCAGAGUUUAAGAUUUGUGUUGGAAGUUAAAACGCUUAUUUUGUCUUUGAAGAAUAUAUAAUGAUGGUUAUGUUGAAUUCGAUAUUUCUAUAAACGAUAACUUCCUUUUUGUUGGAAGGUUAUCAUAAAAUUAUCUAAUUGAGAUUUUAAUCUUAUGAAAGAUUAAUUUGAGUGGUGCUAAUUUAAGAAAUUUUUGAUGAUUAAAACAGAAUGAAAAUUAAAAUCCCAUCAGAAAUUUUGAUAUUCCCAUGUUAUUCAAUAAUCAGGAUGCAAGCAUUGAGAGCCAAACUAUCACAGAUAUUUGUGGAACAACUGAAUUCUUUUUAUUCAUAUUAACCAUAUAUAAUAGACAAAAUUUAAAUUAAUUACUGCUCUCUGGAAAAUACUUGUGUCAUUGCAUUUGAAAUUUUACUAGUUUGGCUCAUAUGAAAAGAAAUGGGAAAUGUAAUGUACCACGAUGUAAACUUUUAUUGAAAAUUUGUUUAAAUACAAAAGGUAUUUAGGUAGAAUUUUUUCAAACUUUUUCCUCCAUAAUGCAUCAAAUAAAAAAUUUCCAAAACAAAUAUCAAUAUAUUUAUUGAAUGUUAUUUAAAUAUGUCCGGAUAUUUUAAUUAGUAAGUCUUUUCGAUUUUCAAUAUCAAAGGCUUCAUAUGGUUAUAGUGCAUAGUUCAUGGUGUGAAAGUUUUACCUCACAUGGGUCUUCUAAACAGAUAUAGUAAAUUGCACUAGUUAAAUUAACUAAAAAGCUUAAAGUGAUCAAAAAUUGAAUUAUUUAUUUAUUUAUUAAUAAAACAGAUAUAUAUAUAUAUAAAAUAUUUAUAAAUAUAGAUAUCUAAAGCAUGAAAGAGAUUAAGUUGCGGUGCUGUGUGAAGUAGUGCCUUCAAUUUUGUAAUACCGGGCUUUUUCAAAAAAAUAUUUACUUAAUUUUUUUUAAUUUGUCUAAUAUUUUAUGUCAUUUUAGAUGUAAAAAUUAAAUUACGGUCUUUGUUUCUAUUUCUGAAAUUUGCAUUUUUCACAAAAUUUGAAUGAAACGCAGAGAUUUUAGCAACUAAACAAAUAUCGGAAUGUAAAUAUGAAAUUAGUGUUCAUUAGUCUAAUAUAAUUCUUUGAAUAUAUUUAUUUUAUAAAGAUCAGAAAAAAAAAUUAUGUUAGGAUAUAUUAUUAACUUUGCCUUCAGUAAAUUCAUCAAAAUUGAUAUCACUGAAAUUUUUCGUUUUGUUAUAUAAAAACGUCUGAAAAUGUUGGAGAAGCAAAAUUCCAAAACUCGUACUUUGCAAAAAUCAUAUAUUUACCGCAACAAUAACUUAUGAAUAAGGCUUUUACAGUCAUGCUUAAUAAACACGCUUUAUAAGCAUAAGCAAUUAAAAUAGCAUUCACGUGUGUUGUGCAGUUUUUAAUUGCCUUUUUUAAUUGCUAAUUUAUCUCUUUUAUUAUGGAUUAAUUUCGAUAUUAAUUUUUAUAUACAUUUCUUCGAUUUCUGCAUUUACCAUUUUGAAUAUGAAACUGAAAUUAGAGGGGAAAGAAUUUCCAGGUAAUCAAAAUGUCAAAAAAAAUGUAUUUCUACUCACUCUAAAACUACUCUUUUAUAAUUUUAAAAUAAAUAUUAAUUCAAAAGAUUUUUUUAAAAGCUUUAUUAAAUACAUUUGCAAUAUUGUUAUGAGAGAUUCAGGGAAUUAGCAUUUUUAUUUUUAAAUCAUUUCUUUAAAUAAAAAAUGGCAUGAGUCUCAAAAGCAAAAGCGCAUCUAAAAAAUGUGGCAUUUUGUAACUUCGAAGUUGCUUGCAUACAUCAGAAUGCGUCAUAAAAUUCUUUCAUUGAAAUCGAAAUGAGAGGCAAACGAAAACUGUCGGUUAGUGUUGAAAAAAGAUAUCCGCUGAAUUAGAGAACCUUUUUAUUUCACUUGAUCAAUAGUCUAGUCAACAUUUUUAAAUAUUUAACUCAAGAAUAUAAACUUUCUCAUUAUUAAAAAAUUUGCGGACAUGUUUUUUCAUAACGAUUUGCAUUUUGGAGUGAAAAUAAUUCAUGCCUAAUACUUCCAUGGCUUUUUCAAAUUUAAAAAAAAACCAAGCAUUUAAACUCUAAUCCAUACAGACAACAAUGAUAUUUAUUUUUCAAUUUCUCGUUCAAAAUUUAUGUUGUGUUAUUGAUGCUUUUGUAAAUACUCAACCUCUAUGUAUGUGUUUUGUCAGAAACAUAAUAAGCAAAUCAUGUGCAUGUUAGUGAAUUUUCACGUUGUUUAGAAUUUAAAAAAUUACCAAAAUGAUGUUUAUUCAUAAUGAAAUAUUUAAGGAAGUAGAAGUUUAAAAUGUUCCUUAAAUAUAUAUGUAAUUAUUCUAUGCUUUUCCGUUAUCACCCGUGUCUCAAGCAAAUUAUACAUCUUUCUAAAAAUGCAGUGUUGUGUGUGUAAGUUUUGCGAACUCCCUAUCAGUGUUCAUUGUAUUUAACGCAGACAUUAAUGCAGAUUGCAAAUGGUGCUUUAAUACAGUGGUUCUCAAGAAAUUCAUUCUUUUCUGGAUAUAUCUACCCGAAAACAGGGUAGCCUACCUAUAACCCCUACCGGGUUUUGUCUACAUUUGCUGGAUGGAUAUAAUUAUUUUUACUCCAGUUUGACAUUAUUUGUGAACAUUUUUAACAUCUUGCAGAAGUUAAAAAUACACUAACAAAGAGGGUAGCAUUUAUUUUAGAAUGCAUUUCGUUUUUUAGCAAAAUAUGGUAGUCAAUUUAUAUUUUUUUAUAUUUAAAAAUAUUUGUUAAUGUCUUAUAAAGUGUUGUUCAUCAGUCUUUUAUGGUAAUAAUUUUCUCCUACACUAUUUGUGAUAUGUUUUAAAAUUUGUUGUGUGCGAAAAGAAAAUAUUACAAGGCCCUCUAUAAAAGUUUUAUUUAUGUGAUUUAUUUUCUCUUACGUAGUUUUCAUUUAAAUUUUAGUUGAGAAAUUUGUGGAUAAUUUAUAUAUAUAUUACAAUAUUGUAAAUUGAAAAAUAAAAUGAAAAAUGGAAUAAAAUGUACUGCUUGAAUUACAUUGGGUUUCGUUACAAAUGUAAAGAAACGUUUCUGUUUAAGCAUUCAUGUAUUCAUUUCAAAUUUUAUUUAAACUAUAAACAUGAGUUUUGUAACGAUAAAAAUGUUCUUUCUACAUUUGGAACAUUUUUAUAUGGGGUGGAUGAUAUGUAACUUUAGAAAUUAGAUUAUUUUUUUAAGUUGAAAAUUGACUGUACUUCUUUUUAUAUUUGAAAGAUCUUCAAAAUACGUCUUUGGAAGAAUUUUAAACUUUUUAUGUGAAAAAUGGUUUUUUUAAACACUGGAAUGCAAAUGAAAUAUGGAAAUUUUCACAUUUUGAAAUGAGAAAUUAGUUUAUAUCAUAAUAUCAUAAGAAAUAUAAUAAGUUAUGUUAUUAUAUUUCUUUUUUUAAGAAACAAUGGGUUUUUUUUCAUACAACUUCAUUGCAAAUCUCUAUUCAAUUUUUUACCGUGCUUGUACUAUAAAGCAUAAAAAUGAUGUCUUUAAAAAGAAUUAUCUAUAAAUUUUGUUAUAAGAAUCACAACUAUUAUAAACAAAAAAAUUUUGGAAGAUUUUUUAUGAAUUUUGAUUAUUAUAAAAUUCAUUUUUGGAUGAAUUUUUUAUGAGCAUUGUUUACUAUUUAAUUCCUUUUGAUGAGACAUUCCUGGUAUUUAAGAAAAUACAUACCAUUGUAAAAAAUUUUAAAAAUGCAUAUUAAAUUGUUAGCAGAAAAUUAUGCAAUCCAACGUCCUUAGAGGUUCUUCCAAAGUUAAAGAGGUUUCAUGUUUUCGAAUUCUAAAGUUGCUGGAAAUUUUAAAAUGCAAAAAAAAGGACAACCAUUGAAUUUAUAAGGAAAAGGUAAACUUAAAAGGUAGCUUAUAAAGGAAUGUUUUUAUAAAGUCAGUGAUCAUUGCCAGUCUUAUUCAUUUUAUGAGUAAAAAGUAAUAUAUUUGUAAAAUUUAAUUUUUUAUUGUAGAAAAUAAACAUUUAUAUCAUUUAUUAAACUUGAGAACCACUGUAAUUGACCAAUAUGUGAAAUCUGUAUAACUAUGAAUGUCAUAUAAAGAAAUAAAUGU